UGUUCUGGGCAGUCCUCCUCCUCCUGCAGCUCGGGUCCCCUUAGGGCCUCCUUCUCCCACUCCCUGUCCCCCCUUCAUCCUGGAGGGGCCGGUGGGGACGAAGGGACAGAGGAGAGGACGCAGGAAGCCAGAGGUGUGGGAAAAGCGAAACCAGGCUGCCAAACCAGGGGAUCCCUUCCAAUCCGAAAAGGAAGUCUGCUGACGUUCGUUAGCUAAAUUUAACAUCCUUUGCUGUGCAACCUUAGACUUGGGAAACAAACAUGAACUUUGCGGAGGCCGAGGGCUCUAAGAGAUACUGCAUUCGAACGAAGCAUGUGGCCGUCAUCUGUGCGGUGGUGGUGGCAGUGGGAUUAGUAGUAGGACUCGCCGUGGGCUUGACCAGAUCGUGCGACUCCGCGGGCGACUGCGGGCAGGACACAGCGCCCGCCCCGUCCCUCCUGCCUCCUGCCGCGUCCCUUCCUCCCCAGGACCAGGACGUGUGCCCUGCCAGCGAAGACGACAGCGGACAGUGGACGGACUUCAGGCUGCCGGACUUCCUCAGCCCCGCGCACUACGACCUGGAGGUGCGGCCCCUGCUGGAGGAGGACACCUACUCGGGCACCGUGAGCAUCUCCGUCAACGUGAGCGCGCCCACGCGCCACCUGUGGCUGCACCUGCGGGAGACGAGGAUCACGCAGCUCCCGCUGCUGCGGGCGCCCUCCGGGCAGCAGGUGCCCGUUAAGCGAUGCUUCGAGUACAAGACGCAGGAGUACCUGGUGGUCGAGGCGGAAGAAGAGCUUCCCCCCAGCGGUGGCGACGGUCUCUACGUCCUGACCCUGGAGUUCGCCGGCUGGCUGAACACCUCCCUCGUGGGCUUCUACAGAACCACCUACACGGAGAACGGACAGACCAAGAGCAUAGCGGCUACUGAUCAUGAACCAACGGAUGCCCGCAAAUCCUUCCCUUGCUUUGAUGAGCCCAACAAAAAGGCAACUUAUACAAUAUCUAUCAUCCACCCCAAAGAAUAUAAAGCACUUUCAAAUAUGCCAGUGGCGAAAGAAGAGCCAGAGGAUGACACAUGGCAGCGAACAACUUUCGAGAAGUCUGUCCCCAUGAGCACCUACCUGGUGUGCUUUGCUGUCCAUCAGUUUCAGUCUGUAGAGAGAACAUCGAACAGCGGAAAACCCCUCACUAUUUACGUCCAGCAAGAGCAAAAGCACACGGCUGAAUAUGCUGCAAACAUAACUAAAAUUGUGUUUGAUUAUUUUGAAGAAUACUUUGCAAUGGACUAUUCUCUUCCUAAAUUAGAUCAAAUUGCUAUUCCGGAUUUUGGCACCGGUGCUAUGGAGAACUGGGGACUCAUCACUUACAGAGAAACAAACCUGCUUUACGACCCUGAGGAAUCGGCCUCCUCAAACCAGCAGAGGGUGGCCUCCGUGGUUGCCCAUGAACUUGUGCAUCAGUGGUUUGGAAAUACCGUGACCAUGGACUGGUGGGACGACUUGUGGCUCAACGAAGGAUUUGCUUCUUUCUUCGAGUUCCUUGGAGUAGACCACGCAGAAAAGGACUGGCAAAUGCGUGAACAGAUAUUACACGAAGAUGUAUUAUCUGUACAAGAAGAUGAUGCUUUAAUGUCUUCACAUCCAGUCGUUGUCACGGUGACAACCCCUGCCGAAAUAACGUCUGUUUUUGAUGGAAUAUCCUACAGCAAGGGAGCUUCCAUUUUGAGAAUGCUUGAAGACUGGUUAACACCUGAGAAAUUUCAGAAAGGAUGUCAGAUGUACUUGGAAAAAUUCAAAUUCAAGAAUGCAAAAACUUCAGAUUUUUGGGAAGCACUGGAACAGGCAAGUAAUCUAUCAGUGCAAGAAGUCAUGGACACCUGGACCAGACAGAUGGGCUAUCCCGUGCUCGAUGUGAAGGACGCUCGGAACAUUGUACAGAAACGCUUUCUGUUGGACUCAAGAGCUGAUCCUUCCCAGCCACCUUCAGCUCUUGGUUACACAUGGAAUAUUCCAGUUAAAUGGACUGAAGAUAAUAUAUCAAGUAUUACACUCUACAAUAGGUCAGAAGAAGGAGUAAGUUAUUACUCAUUGCAUGUGACUCUUUUAUUUCAGGAAUACUUCCAAGGUCAGGUGAAGCCCAUUGCAGAUUCUCUGGCAUGGACCGAUACUGGAGAUCAUCUCACAAAGUUACUCCGUGCCUCUGUGCUGGGGCUGGCAUGCAAGAUGGGAGACAGAGAAGCCCUGAGCAACGCUUCCCAGUUAUUUGAGAAGUGGCUAAGUGGGAAUGAAAGUGUUCCUGUAAAUCUCAGGCUUCUGGUGUAUCGGUAUGGGAUGCAGAACUCUGGCAAUGAGACUUCAUGGAACUACACUCUUGAGCAAUACCAGAAAACUCCAUUAGCUCAAGAAAAAGAUAAACUGCUCUAUGGAUUAGCAUCAGUGAAGAGUGUUACUCUUUUGGCAAGAUUCACAAUCAAUGACAGAAACCUAGGCCGAAUUGUCACAAUAGCAGAACCAUUCAACACUGAACUACAACUCUGGCAGAUGGAGAGCUUUUUUGCAAAAUAUCCAGAAGCUGGAGCAGGACAAACACCCAGGGAGCAAGUGUUGGAAACUGUGAAAAACAACAUUGAGUGGCUAAAACAAAAUACAGACGCCAUAAGAGAAUGGUUUUUUGAUUUACCUAAGAAUGGCUCAUCUGUUCAAACGUUAUAGUUUAAUUUUGUCAAUCUGUUGUUUCUCCUAUUAAGCAUUUGGUGACCUAAUCUGCAAGCACUAUGGAGGAAGCCCUAUAAACAGACAGUGCUUUUGCUAAAUACUGUGUUGAUAUGCCUUGAAAAACUUUUAAACGCUUCCUCUUUGUUUAUGAAGGAACAUACUAAUAGAGUAUUUAUAUACUCAGGGAUUUCUUCUAAGUGUGCUUCGUAGGAGAUUCUUUACAAACUGAAGAGAAUUCAAUAGUCAUUUUAAUGUCUUUAAAUAUCACUCUUUGUAUCUUAAAUCUGUGAAAAUAGAACAAUUUUGUCUUAGCUUCACAUUUUUAGUACCAAAGAAACACCACUUAAUCUUCUCUCUUGAUUGAUUUUUAAACUUUAAAUACCAGUACUUGAGGGACCAAUAUUACCAUUUUAAUCUUUAUUUUAUUAUUCAGAAUUACAUAGACCUAAUAUCAUUUUAUUCACAUAUGUCUUACGACUUCAAAUCCUACCAAAGUAACCUGGGCUUAAGUUUUACUCGAGGAUUGCAUGAAUUAGCCAAAGAAACGGCUGUUGCCUUUUGCUCUUGUAAAAUCAACAAGAGAACUCUCCACUCCUUUUAAAAAUAAAUAUAAAUGAUUAUCUUGAAAAAAA